UAGAAAAGAAGAAGAAAACUGGCUAUAAAACAAGCUAGCUGAUGGCUUAAACUUUUGCCAUCUUCAUGUGUUGUGUGUCAGAAAAUAGUUAUCAUUGAAGCUGUCGCUGCUGUACUUUUGAAAAAAGAGGAAUUAUUUCCGUCGCAGCGUGAAGAAAAUGAGCUCGGUCCGAAACGAAGGUAAAGACCGAAUUAUCUUUGUCACCAAAGAGGACCAUGCAACACCCAGCAGUGCAGAGCUCAUAGAGGAAGAUCCUAAUGACCCAUAUGAGGAAAGAGGUCUGAUUUUUCCCAGUGGGGAGAUAAACUGGAACUGCCCCUGUCUGGGUGGGAUGGCCAGUGGACCCUGUGGGACGGAAUUUAAGGAUGCCUUCUCCUGUUUCCACUACAGUAAGGAGGAGGUGAAGGGCUCUGAAUGCUUGGAGCAGUUCAGGGCUAUGCAGGAGUGUAUGCAGCGCUACCCAGAGCUCUAUCCACAAGAAGAUGAGAAGGUGCAAGAAUAUGAACGAUCAUCAGAAACGAAGCAGACCUCACAAGACUCUGCAUCUGCAGAAACGUCAGCAGGAACUCUGUGUUCAGGUUUUUGCUCAAGCCUGAGACGGAAAAUCUCCGACAGGAUGUGUUCUUUAAAGGAGAUAUGCAGUGGUUUACCGCUGGACCCCUUGCCUCUGAAUCCCGGAAGAGACCCCAAUGUGCCACAUGCACCGAUGCGGACCCCAAACCUUACAGCAGAGGAAGAGCGGGUGAGUCAAUAUAAUGCACUGCGUUAUUUCCCUCCAUCCCACCACGCAACACUUGCACCCGAAUUUGCUCAAGAGCUGCGGCAGUACGGACACAUCUACAUGUACCGCUUCUGCCCCGCGUUACACUUGAGGUGUUACCCCAUAGAUCAGUACCCAUGCCGCACACGUCAAGCUGCCUCCAUAAUGCUCAUGAUCAUGAACAACCUGGACCCAGCAGUUGCUCAGUUCCCCCAGGAGCUCGUCACCUACGGAGGGAAUGGACAAGUGUUUAGUAACUGGGCCCAGUUUUGCCUGGUGAUGCAUUACCUGAGCGAGAUGACAGAGGAACAAACUCUGGUCAUGUACAGCGGUCAUCCCGUGGGCCUGUUCCCCAGCCUACCUUCAUCACCUCGUGCCAUCAUCACCAACGGCAUGGUUAUUCCAAAUUACUCAUCUAGAAAUCAGUAUGAAAAGAUGUUUGCUCUUGGUGUAUCAAUGUACGGUCAAAUGACAGCAGGCAGCUACUGCUACAUUGGACCUCAAGGGAUUGUUCAUGGAACUCUGCUGACUCUGCUGAAUGCCGGCCGGAGGUACUUGGGCUCUGAUGACUUGAGGGGGCGUGUCUUUGUAACCUCCGGCCUGGGGGGCAUGAGUGGAGCUCAGGCUAAAGCUGCCGUCAUUGCCGGUUGUAUUGGCGUGAUUGCAGAGGUGGAUGAGGCUCCUCUCAGAAAGAGAUUUGAACAGGGCUGGCUGAUGGAGGUCACCAGUAGCUUGGAACACUGCAUUAAACGCAUCAGAGAGACCAAGAGCUCUAAGACCCCGCUCAGUGUCGGUUACCAUGGCAACAUCGUAGACUUGUGGGAGAGGCUGCUUCUGGAGUAUGAGAGGACAGGGGACCCUGUAGAUCUGGGUUCAGACCAGACCUCCCUUCACAACCCAUAUAACGGAGGCUACUACCCAGUCCAGCUCAGCUUCUGCCAGGCAAAUCAGCUUAUGUCGACUGACUCUAACCGUUUUCCUAACCAUGGUCAAGAAAGCCUCCGCAGACACAUUAAGGCCAUCAAUAAGCUGUCUGAUGCUGGUAUGUUCUUCUGGGACUAUGGCAAUGCAUUCCUCCUGGAGGCCCAAGAGAGCUGAGGCUUUUGUUUCUUGUUUUUUAUAGGUGCAGAGGUAGAAAAGGCUGGUGGAGGGGCAACAGAAUUCCGUUACCCUUCUUAUGUCCAGCACAUCAUGGGGGACAUUUUCUCUCUGGGGUUUGGCCCAUUUCGCUGGGUGUGCACAUCUGGCGACCCCAAAGAUCUUGCUACAACGGAUGAUAUCGCUGCUACUAUCCUGGAGGAAAUUGGUGCCAACGUGACUGAUCACAUCAGACAGCAGUACAAUGAUAACAUCCGCUGGAUCAGAGAGGCUGGAAAACACAAAAUGGUUGUGGGAUCUCAAGCCAGAAUCCUCUACUCUGACCAGAAAGGAAGAGUCUGCAUUGCUUUGGCUAUCAACCAGGCUAUUGCUGAUGGUCGAGUUUCAGCUCCUGUGGUUAUUAGCAGAGACCAUCAUGAUGUUAGUGGCACAGACAGCCCCUUCAGAGAAACCUCCAAUGUGUAUGACGGAUCUGCCUUCUGUGCAGACAUGGCGGUCCAGAACUUUGUUGGUGAUGCAUUCAGGGGCGCCACAUGGGUAGCCCUGCACAACGGUGGUGGUGUUGGCUGGGGCGAGGUAAUAAAUGGAGGGUUCGGGUUGCUAUUGGACGGCUCGGUGGAGGCAUCAAAGCGCGCCAGACUGGUGCUCAACUGGGACGUCUCCAAUGGGGUGGCUCGUCGCUGCUGGUCUGGAAACUCAAAGGCUUAUGAGACCAUCCAGCACACCAUGGAGGAGAAUGGGCAGUUGCGUGUCACCAUGCCCUUUCCUGUGCAGGAUGAGUGCGUGCUGGACCGUGCCCUGCAGGGCUAGCCAACAUUUUAGCGCAGGUUAGCAACAGCCAGCUACAUACAGUCAGCGACAUACAGCCACACACAAUAACACAGCAAGGAAACCUGAAGCUGUCAUCCCUUCAGUUGGGGCUUAUCCAGCUGUGGAAAUGAUACACUGCAGACGGUCAGUACUAGUUAAGGAAUCACUAGCAAUGUUGUUACAUAAAUUGUUUUCCAUGAAUACACAAAAUGCAAAGUAGACUACAACAUUGUGCUAGGCUGUAUAUUCUUUAUUUGUUGUGCUAAAAAUUAAACUACAAGUAUGUAUAAAUGAUAAAGCCUUUGUGAGUCAUUUGUAUGUCAGUAAUCUAAAUUAUUUUGUCCAAAAAUGUCAAUGACAGGUUAGUGGCAAAGGAAUCAUUUUAU